CCAGAAUGCACUGCAGGACCCUCUCCGCUACGAGUCUCCGGGAACGAAAUCGACGAGGCGCGGGCUCCAGGGGCUUCCGGGCAAGAACUUCCGCAGUCAACGUUGCUGUCAUCUCAAGUUGGAUACAUCACAUAUGAGUAAAGCUUAUUACAACUCUACUAACCACAAGUAAAGCCUUUUGCAACUCUACUAACCCAUCUGAGCCUGAGAAAUCAAGCAAGACGUGGGAAUGCGAACCAAUUGAAAACUUUGUUCAAGAAAAAGACAACCCUCAGAUAAGUUUACUUCUCAAUUUUUGUUAUUAUUUAUAAAUUUUUUAAUAUUCUUUUGGUUUGGCCUUCUACUCCUCUGCUGUCUUACAAUUCCUCCAUCCUCCCUGUAAAAACCCUUCUCAGAAUUACUCUUUAUUAGAUCAGUAAUCCUUUCUAAAACUCUUCUCGGCUGCUUACUUAUUUGUGCACUACCCGCCACUCCAUUCAAGGCUUGCUUAGACCUUUUCUACAGUUUUACACAAUGAAUAAUUUCCUUCUAUUCCUAUUCCUGGCUUCACAAGUCCCUUUAGUACUAGGCACAAUAAACACCGUUCUAAAACCAGAACCACAACCAUGGGACCAAAACUCACUAAUUAGGAUUACCAAGGCUAUAGCGUCGGGGAACAUCACUAAUUGCUGGGUCUGUCACAAGCACCCACAAGCUAUAGGCCCCACACAAUAUUUAGCUAAGCCAGAGAACAAAUUCGGUAAUGAAACCUGGCGCUCAGAGCUAGCGUAUAUUUCCAAACCAAGUACAUAUGCCACCCUUUUCAUUCUGGUUAACAUAACUACCUCUCCAUCUAUCUGCCUAUAUACUGCAACAUCGAAACAUAAGCCUGCUCGUCCGGGAAAAGAGUUUCCUGUCUGCAACAAAACUAAGACUGCUCUAUGCAAACUUAGAGCCUUAUAUUAUUCCAUGUUGUGGCCAGCGAAUAUUUCCUCAUGUAGCACCAUUGUUCCUAUGGUUUUAACUAGCACCUCCAACACAGUCUGUGCUCCUGAGGGAAUGGUUUACAUAUGCGCAUAUUCCAUGAAUAGGACGGCAGGCAUUGGUUCAGUACACACCACCCCCACGGGAUACAUGGCCACUUCAUGCCUAAAUCCCUAUCUCAUUUAUGGAAUGUGCACCUUAGGAUAUUUAACUCCUAGCCUGGCUGUCUACAACGAAACAUCAACACCUUCCCAGCAUAAGCGGAGACUCCUAGACAACCCCUUAACUUGGAAAAGAAAGUCCCUUACUUCCCUUGUUCCCUGGGCAGGAUACAUGGAACAUGAAUUCAUCCUUCCUAAUCUCACAACUGAAUUAGAAAAGCUCUCAAGUGAAACAGGGGGAGCCCUCCAUGAACUACAACAGUCCCUCAACUCAUUAACAAAUAUAGGCUUAGACAGUCGUAUUGCCCUGGACUAUCUUUCAGCUGCAGAAGGAGGAGUCUGUGCUAUUCGAAAUACUACAUGUUGCACCUACAUCAAUAACUCCGCUAAAGUAGAAACAAGAAUACGUGAGAUUCUAAACCACGCAACCUGGUUAAAGAAUCUAAGAGAAUCCUAACUGGCAACCUCACUUGCUUAGAAUUGGAAAAAUUGGUAUGGUCUCUCCUUGGACCCCUUAUAAUCCCUCUCCUUAUCGUACUAGGGAUACUACUAUUUGGUCCCUGUUCAUUUAACCUACUUGUAAAAUUUGUCUUUUCCAGAUUACAGCAAUUCCACCUCAGAUAACGUUCAUCGGUGUUUUCAACCUUUCCAAACACCCCCGCAGAAAUAGCUCAACAUCCUGAUCAAGCUGGCCAACGGUUCCAAGAACCUUAUGCUUUGCCCUGACAGAUAGCAAGAGAAUGAGACCCAAUCCCAACUUCGCCCAUUUGUCAGCAGGAAGUAGCCAGAUGAUUGUCUACGUCCAUAAUCCCCCAAUGAAUUGGGUGUCAAACUCUUGAGCGGGGGGAAUGUUAGAGUAGGCAGGUAGAUAAGAGCAGGGCAAACUGAUCAAAGACCAUGCUUAAGUAAAUGGGGAAGGAGGGACAGAAAGCUAAAAACAGCCAUCAAAUUUAGACAAAAACAGGAAGGAGGGCACCAAGAGGGCAAAUCUUGCAAAAACACCUUCGAACAAAU